AUGGAAAUAGCUAGGAUUCCUAGGACACGGUGUGAGAGUGAAGGCUCUAAUUCCCGCAAUGAAAGCACCGAGGUGGACCUCAGAAUUGCUACUACUACUGUUAGUGCUUCUACGACUGUUAGUGCUACUACGACUGUUAGUGCCACUACUACUACUACUACUACUAUUACUACAACAACAAUAACUCCUACUACUACUAGUACUACUACCACU